UCUCCAGCCAACAUCAGAUUGAGGGCCCGCAUCUCGCAUCUUAUCUCUUACCAGAAAUCGCAGUUCUUAGCUCUCCCAUCCUAUUUCUAGUUAGCAUUCUUAUCACCUAGCUCAUUUAGCUGGAACGUAAAAUCCAAGCGAGACGCCCGACGGCGUCAAAGCUCCUCUACAUACGCUGCAAAGCUUCUCGUUUGAUUCAUCAAAUCAAAAUGAGAGCAAUGUCGUACCGCAGCAGCGGCAGCUACCAAACUCGAGAACAACCCUUCUCUCUAUCAAGCCUGAGAAGCCGACGCAAUGAGACUUAUGACUCAAUCGGUAGAUGGCUGUCUGAACAGGAACGUCAGUCAACUAGCGGCCUAAUGGUAGACGCGAGAGCGGCCCCCUCCAGAUUAGGGAGCUUUACGCAAACGUUAAUCAACCUCGACGAGAACGAAGAGGACCAGAAAAGCAAUGCCGUUGCGUCCAGCCGGCGCUUUCAGUCAAGAGCUUGGUCCCCGAUUGCCUCGUCAACAAACCUACGUCAGGCUCGCAUUCCCCCUCCUGAACUGCCACCACCUAAACGCAAAGUCUCGCACAUGGGACACAGCGAUGACGAGGUGAUUAUCAUCGAGCCACCGCCUGGUGUCUGGCGCAAUCGACUUCUUGAACGAACUCGUGAUGCUGCCAGAAGAGUGGAUAGGCUCGAAGAGUCACCCGCGAAGAAGCUGAAGACGACAACCAUGCCGCACCCGCCAAUCAAUCAGCGUCAAGAACCGGAGUGUCUGAUCAUCACUGACCCCCUUCUCGAACUAGAAACACCACUGGCGAAGAAGACCAAGAAGCCGGUAGGGAAUAAGAAGCCCAAAACCCAGAAGAGACGACGGGAUUUUCAACAGCAGUCGAGCGUGGUGGAUUCACAAAAGGUUUCUCGUGACGGUCAGGUUGUUUCUUGUGACGUUCAGGGUAUUCCUUACUUCUUGAAGAUCGCGCCCGAGAUCCGGGAUGAGAUCUAUCGCUGCCUACUGGUGUCCCGAAACUAUAUACCCGUGAGUCGGCUGUGGACACAAGUGGUCCGCCGCUCCAGAAUCCGUAACGGGGAUGUCGACAUUACCAUAGACCCGAAGAUACUGCGCGUAUGCAGACAGACCGCCGAGGAGGGUACUCGCAUUCUGUACUCGGAGAACAACUUCAUGUACCUGCUGCGCGACCCCGAGGCAAUUCCGGCCGAACUCUCACGCCUGAGCGAUGGCGGAAAUAGUGAUAACGAUGAGAUCUUAUUGUGGAUUCGUACCACCCUAGGAACCGGCACCCGAAGCAAUGUUGGCGACCGCGGCAGUGCAAGACGUCAAAAUAUGAGGUACCGCAUCAAAGCCGCGACACGGGCACACGGUCCUCUCAUCAACCUUGACAAGUUCGGCCACUUGAUUCGUCACAUGGGUGUCGAGCUUGAGCCCAACCGUACUGGAAAGCAAUACCAGUCCCUCUUGGUUCGAGCCCUGGAGGCUUUGGUCAAUACGCCCGAGCUUGUUACACCACCUCCCUCGCUCACCUCAAUGAGCCCUGUUGAUCCUUGGGCCCCUAUCAACAAGAACAAAAUCUCCCUCAAUACUCUCACCGUUACCAUCUCGCCAGUCUUUGAGCAAAACCAGCGGGCCUUGCGAGGUUCGGAUGACGAAGAGGUGGUUGCCCGCGACGGGCAGUACCUCAGCAUCGUGAAACUAUUUAGCAGAGGGUCACCGAUGAUCAAAGCGCUCAAGCGGAUCGAUACCAACUUCGUCCGCAUAAACCUAUAUUCUCCGUUCGUCACGGGUGACAAUUAUAUCAAGCGGUGCUAUGGGCCUGUGAGCUACACUGAUGGAAAAGAGCCACCGCGCCACCUGGAGACGACGCUGGACUUGCGGUUUUUGUCUCGCCACAUGGAGGUGCUACAGCGCGAGGGCGUCUUUGGCCAGAUGUGGGAGAACGACAAGCUGAUUCUUGACAAGCGCGAAGAGCUUGGACGGCGAGCCGACAGUGCGCUCAGAGGACUGCGGCAGCGUAUCGAAGAGGGCUGUCUCGAGAAGGAAAAGUGCGUGCGGAGAGGACUGUGGGAAGACCACAUAGUAGCCGAGCGGCGUCGGAUCGAGGACCGUCGCCGACAUGAGGAAAAUUUUGACCACGACAGCCGCGUCCGUUGCAAGAAGCGGAUGCGGAUGAAGAAACUCGGCUACGACUCGGCAGAUUCGUCAGAGUUUCAUACCGAUCUGGACUCGGGUGAAACCGAAUGUGAAGCCGAUGGGGAUCAAAACGAUGAUGACGAUAGCGGUGACGACUUUGCUGCGCCUCGCAAGACUCUCAAGAUUACCAUAGACCGCGUGGACGGUCAUUGGCGAGCAUACCGCGCUUGGCCAUAACGACGACGACGAGAACGACGAAGAGGACAGGGUGUGAGUUCAUAGCCAGGGCGUCACGACACAGACGCUAAAACCACAUACUUUCAGUUUCGACUUCGGAGCCGAGUGGGGACCAACACCUGAGGUUCAGGUCACAUCUUGUGCUCCUUCAUAACGAGCCCCAAGCUGCAGUUGCUCGAGGAUUUUCCAUCAUUACACCGGGAGGAUGACUUUUCAUCCCUUUUGCACCAAAAUUCACCUCUCUUAUAUCCUGCCCUGCCCAUUUAGGGAGAAAUCUGACUAAAUACGAAUCGCCUCAACGUUAAAGGCAUCCCUUUCUUGAGAUAAAGGGAGUUCUGGAAAGUCGGAGAGUUAGGGUUAACCGUUUUGUGUUUAUUUUAUU